AUGAAUCUCUUUCGUUUGUGCGGGGACCUCUCGCACGUUGUGUCGAUUGUAUUGCUCUUGCUGAAGAUCCGUGCUACGCGCUCCUGCGUUGGCAUCUCACUGAAAACUCAGUUUUUGUACCUGGUGGUCUUCGUCACUCGCUACCUGGACCUAUUCGUUACGUUCAUCUCCCUGUACAACAGUGUGAUGAAGGUAGCGUUCAUCUCAACGACGGCCUAUAUCUUGUAUUUGAUGUUUUUUAAGUUCAAACAUACCUACGAUAAGGACCACGACACUUUCAGGAUUCAAUUCUUGAUCGCGUUCGCAGCAGCGCUUGCGUUCGUUACACCGCACCGCUACUCGUUGCUCGAGGUGCUGUGGACGUUCAGCCUCUGGUUGGAGUCGGUCGCCAUCCUGCCACAGCUCUAUAUGCUGCAGACGACUGGCGAGUGCGAGAACCUAACGAGUCAUUACAUUUUCGCGCUGGGGCUUUAUCGAGCGCUGUACGCUGUCAACUGGGUGUACCGCUACAGCACCGAGCCCGGCUACUGGCAACCUGUGACUUGGAUAGCGGGUAUCCUUCAAACAGCACUCUAUGGAGACUUCUUUUACUAUUACGUCGCGAGCAGAAGACGAGGUAAAAGGCUCAAGCUUCCAACUUGA